UCAGGGCGCUGGUCGUGAGGAGGAGGAGGCCUGGGAGGCAGCGCGCCUGCUGUGCGGGGUGUGUCUGAGGCUCCUUGAGCCCCAACAGCCCGAUAUUGGGGUCCUCGUGCCUCCCGGACUCCUCUCUGCUCACAGCGUCCCCGCAGCCUGACCCCAUUUCACCUCCAGCCUUGGGGACCGGCCUCUCAGGUCCCGCCGCCCAGGUCCCAGCGCUCAGAAUGGAUAUGAACUUUAAGGACGUGGCCAUUGCCUUCUCUCAGGAGGAGUGGGGGCUCCUUGAUGAGGCUCAGAGACUUCUGUACUACGAUGUGAUGCUGGAAGUUUUUGCACUUGUAUCAUCUCUAGGUUGUUGGCAUAAAAUGGAAGAUGAGGAGGCCUGUUCAAUUCAGAGUGUAUCUAUACAAGGAGAGUCAAAGGUCAGGGCUUCUAAGACAGCUCCAGCCACCCAGAAGAUCCCUCUGUGUAAGCAGUGUUUCUCUGUGUUAAAAGAUAUUGUGCACCUGACUGGGUCACAUGCAGCAUACUUUGAGCAGAAAGCCUUCUGUACUGAUGUAUGUGUUGGAGACUUCUGUUUCAGUGCAAACCCUCACCAGCAACAGAGGAAUGAAUGUGGAGAGGAGCCCUGGAAAGAUGCUAUGGACGGGGCCUCCUUUGUAAGCAGGUGCAGCUUCUCCUUAUCUUCAGUGCCUUCAGCCAGCAGGGAGGUUGGGGAAGACUUGCAAUACAACUCACAGCUUCCCCAGCACCAGGCCACUCUCAACACUGAGGAGCUCCACUGUGGCAGUGAGAUUUCACAGGAAUUGCUUGAUGCAAGAAGUCCUCACCAGUGGGGUGAAUGUGAAAACGCUGCCAGCCACAACCUGAAAGUUGUUCAAUGUCAGGGUGUGUGUUCUGGGGAACUGAUUUAUGAAUGUAACAAAUGUAGGAAAGUGUUUAGACGAAACUUGAACGUCAUUCGACAUAAGAGAGUUCACACUGAAGAAAAGCGAUACGGGUGUAAUGAAUGUGGGAAGUUCUUCAGAAAAAGACCCGCACUCAAUAAACACCAGAGAGUUCACACUGGAGAGAAGCCAUAUGAGUGUACAGAAUGUGGAAAGUCCUUUUGUCUAAGGGCUAACCUCGCUAGACACCUCAGAGUUCACACUGGAGAGAAGCCAUAUGAGUGUACAGAAUGUGGAAAGUCCUUUUGUCUAAGGGCUAACCUCGCUAGACACCUCAGAGUUCACACUGGAGAGAAGCCAUAUGAGUGUACAGAAUGUGGAAAGUCCUUUUGUCUAAGGGCUAACCUCGCUAGACACCUCAGAGUUCACACUGGAGAGAAGCUGUAUGAGUGUAGAGAAUGUGGGAUGUCCUUUUCUCAAAGGUAUCACCUCACUAGGCACCUCAAAGUUCACACUGGAGGGAAGCCAUAUCCAUAUGAGUGUAGAGAAUGUGGGAUGUCCUUUCGUCUAAGGGCUCACCUCACUGUACACCUCAGAGUUCACACUGGAGAGAAUCCAUAUGCGUGUAGAGAAUGUGGGAUGUCCUUUUGUGAAAGGGAUCACCUCAUUGAACAUCAGACUGUUCACACUGGAGAGAAGCCAUAUGAGUGUAGAGAAUGUGGGAUGUCCUUUCGUCGAAGGGCUCAUCUCACUGAUCACCUCAGAGUUCACAAUGGAGGGAAGCCAUAUGAAUGUACUGAAUGUGAAAAGUCUUUUACCCAAAAAAAUAGUCUUAUUAAACAUCUGAGAGUUCACACUGGAGAGAAGUGUUAAAUGUGUGGGGAGUGUUUUAUUUUAUUCACUUAGAAUAACAACAGUGAUGGUGACUCUUUGGGACCUAUUUUCCUGAAUUUAAACCCCUUUUUAAUGGAACAUACACUCUGCUAGAUUUCUCCUAAGUUUCUGGUACAAGUGAGGCUUGAAGGAGGUGAAUUGCACUUGGUAAGAUGCCCAGAACUAAUACCUGAUUGAUUUGUGGCUGAAGAGAUUUUGAGAAAGCUAACCCCUAUUUUGUAAAACUACUGUUUGGAAUUCUCUGCCAUUCUUUAGACGGUCUCUUAUUCUA